CUUGCAACAGUCGCGGUGGGUGGAUGAGCAAUAUUUACAUAAUUUAAAUAUUAUUAAACUUUUUUAUUUUUAUUGUGGCUUGCAAAUGCAAAUUGCUCUGCUUUCGAACAAUAAUUCAACAAGAAUAAUAAUUUUAUUGGCAUUAGUUGUGUUAAAAAGACGCGGCAAGCGAGCUCUUUAUUGCGUGUAAUUGUGGGAAAUCCUCAACCUUUCGUCGCGCUUAUCAAAAAUUCUGUGGAAAAUAUCACUUCACAAUAAAGGAGAGAACACUACACACCAUAAUAAAACAAAAAUAAUAAGUAAUAAAAAUACAAGUAAAUAAAUUAUCAAAAUAAACGAUCGUUAAACACACUUACUACACGAAAGCACGUAUACAAAUUUAAAAACGAGCAAAUCAAUUAUACAUCAAAAAUGUUGACUUCAACGGAACGCCUCGACGCAACGAUCAGUUCAAAGCACAGUGACUAUGGCAGCACAACGUUAAAAAAUCGCGCUCCAACAACUAACGGUCAAGAAUCAACAGCCGAAAUACACAUUGCGACCGACGCAGCUGCACUGGUAUCGUGCGAAAAGAACAGCGAUCACAUUAAUAGUGACCAGUCGACGGAGCAUUAUCAUUCCAGUGACAGUGCGGCAGCUAGUGGAUCUGAUCGUGCCUAUCAAAGUCGGACGAACCCGCUAACAACUUACACUUCAAGUCUUUUUGCCGCCGCGAGUAGUGUGUCCUCGCCGUCGCGUUUUCAAACACGCCAAUCCCGUUAUCCGCGUUACGCCUACAGUAAAAUGGAUUCGUAUAUCGAUGAGAAGUCCACCGCUCCGAAAUCCUUUUGGAAGACGGCUGGAUUUCUACGUUUCGAAACAUUUCUAUUUAUUUUGAAUCAAAUGUGCAUCGGUUUUGUGACCAUCUACAUGAGCUGGCUGUGCAUCACCAGAGGUUUGGAGAAGACCCCGUUGCAUGCGUGGUUGGUGACACUUGGAUACUCACUGUUGAUGGCCGAAGCGGUGAUGAUACACUACAACGCCAAUCCGCUGACGUCACACUACAAACGGCAUGAGAAGCACACCAUACACUGGGUGCUGCAGCUGGCAGGCGGCGGACUGGGCAUGGGCGGUACGCUGUAUAAAUGUAUACAGAAGGGUUUUCUGCUAUCGAGCACGCAUGGCAAGCUGGGUUUCUCCACAUUUAUCUUCUGCUUGGUGUCUUGGCUGAGCGGUUUAACCGCGCUUUAUCAACUCAAAAUGAAGGGUUGCGUACGUCCAUUAUUUAAUCGCACAUUCCACAACUUGAUUGGCCUUACUUGCUUCGUACUAGCGCUUUCAACUCAAUUUUAUGGUUAUCAAACGGGUUUCUUUACAAAUGCUCACCCAGAUGGAUCCACGCUCCCCAUUUGCAUGAAAACCAUAACGCUCAUUUCGCUGGUGCUCUCUUGUAUUGGACCAAUAAAGGCGCUGUUGCAGAAGAUACGGAUCAUUGUAAGAGACUAAUAUUUCAUACAUUUUGUGGUCAUCAGUCUGUAUUUGGACGUCCUCAUACAAUAUGUAAAUUAAAUAUUUAUGAAGUGUAAUAUAUUUGCAUACUCCAAUUUUUCAUAACAUUCUCU